AGCUCCUAACUCUGCUUUCCGCUUUGGGUAGAGUCACUCGUAGCAGACCUGCUAGACCCGGAGCUCUCCUCCAGCACCUGGAGAGUUUUUUUUUUUCUUUUUAUUAAAAACUCCUGGCAUAGCUAGCCGACAUUUUCAGGCAUCUUUUUGAAAGUAAAGGUUCCUUUGUGGGCAUAUUUUUAAUUUUGUUUUUAAAGCCACACCUGCUUAAGGACACUUUUCGUUCCCUUAAGGAAGAGUGAAAUCUUAACUUUUGCUAAAGGGUCUUUCAAUUGGAUUUGGGGUUUCAUUUUGUUCUUGCUCCUUUUGCGGGCUCCAGAGCCGUUUUACCCCGAUCAUGGUGAUGUUCAAGAAGAUCAAAUCUUUCGAGGUGGUCUUUAACGACCCCGAGAAGGUGUAUGGCAGCGGAGAGAAGGUGGCUGGCCGAGUGGUUGUGGAGGUGUGUGAAGUCACUCGAGUCAAAGCCCUGAGGAUCCUGGCUUGUGGCGUGGCCAAGGUCGUGUGGAUACAAGGAUCGCAGCAGUGCAAGCAGAGCUUGGACUACUUGCGCUAUGAAGACACACUUGCCCUGGAGGACCACCCCACAGGUGAGAAUGAGGAGAUGGUGAUCAUGAGACCUGGAAGCAAAUAUGAGUACAAAUUCAGCUUUGAACUUCCUGAAGGGCCUCUGGGAACAUCCUUCAAAGGAAAAUAUGGUUCUGUGGACUACUGGGUGAAGGCUUUUCUUGAUCGCCCCAGCCAGCCAACUCAGGAGACAAAGAAACACUUUGAAGUGAUGGAGCUGGUGGAUAUCAAUACUCCAGACUUAAUGGAACCAGUGUCUGCUAAAAAGGAGAGGAAAGUUUCUUGCAUGUUCAUUCCUGACGGCCGUGUAUCUGUCUCUGCUCGAAUUGAUAGAAAAGGAUUCUGUGAAGGUGAUGACAUUUCCAUCCACGCUGACUUUGAGAACACAUGUUCCCGCAUUGUGAUCCCCAAAGCAGCCAUUGUAGCCCGCCACACUUACCUUGCCAAUGGCCAGACCAAGGUGCUCACUCAGAAGUUGUCAUCAGUGAGAGGCAAUCAUAUUAUCUCAGGGACAUGUGCGUCAUGGCGAGGCAAGAGCCUUCGAGUGCAGAAGAUCAGGCCAUCUAUUUUGGGCUGCAGCAUCCUUCGAGUUGAAUAUUUCUUGCUGAUAUAUGUUAGUGUCCCUGGCUCCAAGAAAGUCAUCCUUGACCUGCCCCUGGUGAUUGGCAGUAGGUCAGGCCUGAGCAGCCGGACAUCCAGUAUGGCCAGCCGAGCUAGCUCUGAAAUGAGCUGGAUAGACCUAAACAUCCCUGAUACCCCAGAAGCUCCUCCUUGUUACAUGGAUAUAAUUCCUGAAGAUCACCGAUUGGAGAGCCCGACCACUCCACUGCUGGAUGACAGUGAUGGAUCUCAAGACAGCCCAAUUUUUAUGUAUGCUCCUGAAUUCAAGUUCAUGCCACCACCCACAUAUACUGAGGUGGAUCCUUGCAUCCAGAAUGAUAAUGUGCAGUGAGUAAGUGGAAGAAAAGCAGCUGUACCUGUUUCUUUCCACCUCUCUUCUGGACUCUCACAGUCUCUGCAGUGGGGUAGGAGGCCCCCCCAGCCUCAGACCCCCCCAAAGCAGAUGGUGAUCAGCAGGCAGUUUUUGGGCCUCGGAUGGCAUGGACUCAUCAUCAGCCAGCACCAGUGUUGGACUAUAGGAGUGUUUGCUGGAUGGGUUUUAAAACACACUAGAAAAAUUCAGGCUCAUUCCAUUUUCUUAGAUCUUGAAAACUGAGGCAUUUUUCAUUAGUCGGGUCUUUUUUUUUUUGAAGGAAAUUAUAGAUUGUUAGAACAUCAUCAAACUCCAAACUCUUGUGCUGUGUGGAACAGUUAAGUGAACCAGGGAAAAGAAGUUUUUAAAAUCAGUAUUUCCUGUUGUUGUGUACAUGUACAAGAAAAAAAAAGAAAAGCUGCUGCAGGGCUAAUUUGGUUUCUGCUCUAGAGAAUGCUUCUCCUGUGAGUUCUAGGGAAGCUUCUCUGACAUGUCUUUGCUUAGAAUACAAUUCAACCUAGCUUAAAGCAGUAGCUACUAUUGCCCACCAAAGGUCUUAAAAGCCAUUUAGAGCCUUCUUGCACUGUGUUCUCCUGUUGCAAACUUACAUGGGAGGAUCUGUUUUUCUGUGACUCCUUGGAAAUGGUUCCAAGGUGAUACUCUCAGCACUUUAGUUCCUGUCAUUUUUUUGUUCUGUGUUAUUCCCCAUCUCACAUGUAAGCUACUAGUCACUAGGGGUGUGCAUAAUGAUACGCACAAAUGUGUAUUACUUUUGAGACUGUCCCUGUGUGCAGAAUUGUAUAAUUCUGACACUAAUCAUAUAAAGGGUUGCUGCUUUUAGCCUCGCCCACUGUGACUUCCUAAAUCCAAGGAGGGACUCUGGAACAAAUGCCCCAACACUGAUCAGAGCCUCCAGACACUGCCAUGAGAAACUAGAGGGUCUCCUGGACCCCCUGCCCAGUGUUAAGAGAGGGGGUGCUGGCCCCUCUUCUCACCAUAGCCACUGGCACUUGAUCAGCACCCCCCCCCCGCCCCAACCAAAGCACUUUGUUUGCUGUCCUGUGUCAGAGCACUGAGCUCUACCCUUUGCUAAGAAUUUUUAUGGCCAGAAAAGUACAUGGGCUGAAGGUGGUGGUAUUUCUGUUUUUGUAUUUUGUGUAACUUUUUGUAUGAUUAAAAACUAUAUUUUAUACUUAACCAGAUGUAUUUUCACCCCAUGUGGGGGAUAUUCUUUGUAAAAAAUUUAAAAAUAAAAAAAUUUUAAUGGCAAAAA